AUGGUCUCGUCAAUGAAGCACUGCAGAUAUCAGGCCGAGGUGCCAUUGUCCCUCUCGCUCUCCCUCGGCGCCGUGACUGGACGGAACAAGAAGACACGCCGCAGUGCAGACGGCGAGUUCGUGUGCAAGACGUGCAGCCGCUCCUUCCCGUCGUUCCAGGCGUUGGGCGGACACCGGACAAGCCACCUGCGCGGCCGCCACGGGCUCGCGCUCGGACUCGCCGCCGGGACCGAUCUGCCGGCGACCAAGAAGGCCACGGAGCAGAAGCAGGCGCACCAGUGCCACGUCUGCGGGCUCGAGUUCGAGAUGGGGCAGGCGCUGGGCGGCCACAUGCGUCGGCACCGCGAGCAGGAGGCCGCCACCACGGCGCAUGCGCCUCCCGUUCUGCUACAGCUCUUCGUCUAG